UCCCUUUACUGGUACAAACAUCGAGGUUAUCUUGAAAUCCAACGGUGUUAAGUUUCGCGCAAAAACUAGAGAUCUGUCUUCUGUUCCACAUCCCAGCCUAUCUUCCCUCGCCUUUUUCAGUUUUGAUUUUCCAUUUUUUGCCCUCCCUUUGUCGACCAUCUCAGGCAAGGGUGUUACGCUGAAGAGCGAAGCAAGGGUUCCGUAAGGCGAGAGGCAGUAAUCAGAUGGAUUCGGGAGCAUGGGACGGGUCGGCGGCGGCGGACGAUCAUGAAUCGUUGAGUUCGACCAAUGAUGCGGAGCUCUUGAAGCGGGCUUGGCGGACCGAGAAGGCUGCUCCCGAGAUCCUUCAAUUCGAGGCCGGUUUGGUCCAGAGAUCCCGUGAACAGAUCCAGUUGGUGGAAGGAAAUGUGGAAGAUUUGGUGGCAAGUGGUAGUGAUCCACUUAUUGUAUCACUGAACCAAAUGGACAUGGACAGGACACUCUAUCUGUUGAGAUCGUAUCUUCGUACUCGUCUGCAGAAGAUUGAGAAAUACAUGUUUCACAUCCAUAAAAAUACUGAGCUGUGGAAUCGGCUUUCAGAACAGGAGCAGAAAUUUGCCCAAAGGUGCAUUGAAGAUUUGGAAGAUCAUUUUGAUAAGUCCGUUCUGUCUAAAUUGCCUGACCGUUAUAAGUCCAGCGUAAAGCAAUCUGUUAUAAGUGAAGAGGAUGACAUGGUCCCAGAACCUCAGCUGGACACGUAUGUAAUCUGUCGAACCAAGGGAUCCUUGGGAGCUCUCCAGCUUGAUAACAGCGGGGUAGAGGAUCCUGUGGACCUCGAUCCUGGUGAUCUAUAUGCUGUCCGUUACAAGUCGAUAAAGCCCCUCGUCUACAGUGGCCAAAUAGAGUUAGUGUGAAAAAUAUGGAACCUGCUGCUAACAGGUUUUCUAGGAGUAAAUGGUACCCGAAUUGUGAUAUUAUUUGUAUACUCUAUGCACUAUGGCUCCGUGAUUCUGUCAUCAGAGAAUGGAACCUUAGUUGUGAUAUGAAUUUGUUAGUUGCAAUAAGUGCCUAAAUUUCUGAA